AAGCUUGGCCCUUGCCUAUUCUCUUAAAAGUUUGACAUCCUGUUUCCUUUUCAUUAUCGUUUCCACUGUUUGUGGCCCGAAUUCUGCACAAUCCCAAGCUGUCUAUAUCCACAAUGGCGACCCCAAUGAUGGACAAUUCCUACGUCGAAAGCCUACCGUAUCAGGCCAAUGAUGUAUGUUCAGGGGAGGUCAACUGUUGUUGACUUAUGAGCAUGGACUCUUAGCUCGACUGACAGUUACAGCACCCAUCCAGCCGCCACGAAUCCACCAGGUCUUCGAAGACAGUCACCAUUCCUAGAGUAGAGUUUGAAUUGAUGAUGCAAGCGGUACGAGACUUCAAUACGCUCAAAUCUGUGCUCUUCCAGGGUGGCCUUAGCGUAGAAACACUUGAGACUCUCCUGAGAGGAGAUGUUGGCUUGACCGAGAAGGAACACGCACGACGAACCUUUGGAAACGAUAAAUGGGAGAAUAGCAACUGCAAACCUUCGGCCUGUUCGCAGCAGAGAUGCCCUACUGGUCAAGCCUCUGUGUCGGACACUUCUACCCUUGAUGAAGGCCAAGAGUCUCCUGGAGUAUAUCUCCACGAUAUGUAUGGUCACACAGAUGCAUGUGGAGUGGCUGAUUCCGUCAAUGAUACAAUGAAGAGUGACGGACAGGGAGUUCGGAAUCAUUCAGUGCAGUCAUUACUGGACAUGGACCGUCGUACUAUUCUGGUCAAAAAUGUGUCUGAUCGCACAACCUACAAGGACCUAGUUUCGGUCAUUCGUGGAGGAAGGCUCCUUGACGUUCGACUACGUAAUGACCGGACCGCAACUGUCUCCUUUGUCGAAGGUGCCCAGGAAUUUCUAACGUACGCGAAGCGAAACGAUGUUUAUCUUCACACGAAGAGACUCGAGUUUUGUUGGAAUCACCAUCAGUUUAACCUUCCCCCCUAUGUUGCAUACAACAUCGCCCGUGGUGCUACCCGAAAUAUCCUCGUUCGUGACGCAGCCCGGAGAAAUCUCACUGCAGACCAAAUACGUGAUCACCUAGAUCACAUUCAUGAACUGAAGGUAGUUGAUAUCACCUUCAAGGAUGGGGACGUUCUGAUUUCGACGAAUUCUGUUCACAACGCCAUCUCUGCGAGGGCCUGCCUGAUGUCACGUACAGUAUACAAAGGACUACGCUUGGAAUGGCAUGCCGAUCAAUGCGCCGCCUCUCUGCCACCAGCCAGAUACAUUACGCGCACCAAGCCCAUUAUGAGGCCACAGCCUGCUCAGACCUCCCCAAUGACGAACCCGUACACGAUGUUGUGUAUGGAUGAUGCUGAUUCAGUAUCUGGUGGUGACGACAAUGAUUCUUCUUGCAGCAGUGGAAGCAUACUCAACUAUGAUUAGACCGACGUUGUCAUGGCGAAUUAGUGGGUUCCGGAACGACUGCGUCGAAGGAGUAAAGCAGAGUAUAACGAUGAUUGUUUUUGGUCCCAUGUUAUAUUCUGUGCCAACACGAUCAGGUGGAACUAAUGCGCAGUCUCAACACAAUCCAUGUUUACUUUGUGUAGUUCAAUACAGGCAUAGGAUAUUCCUACAUCUCUUCUCGUCACAUCUGGUUAGUGACGGGGUGUCGGAGCACGAUUUCAUAUGAUUCUUUUGUUCCACAGUUGUAAGUACCUAG